AUGCCCGAGAAGAUCUCGAGGAACUCAUCGAAGACCUCACUAGGCAAAUGGCCCGAAGAGGGCGAGGAUUACCUAAUUCUCAACCCCGAUCAUGCGUUACCGGAUGCAUACGUUGCCGUGCAAGAAGGAAGGACCUGGCAGCGAGGAGUGAUAAUCAACCUUGAAGGGAAAGACACUGUCACUGUGGCUCUACGAGACUGGGGCCGUGUCAUCCGACGCCCGAUCACCGAUAUGUAUAUAUUGGACCGCUUCCGAGAAUUGAAUUGGCAAGACAUCCCUUGCGGGCUGGCCCACCUCCGCCCGGUGGGGGCCAGAUCAAGAUGGUCCCGCAAUAGUAGAGCUCUCACCAGACUCUUAUUAGGGAGGAGAGAAGGAUGGAUGCAGAUCCUCGAAUCCAUAGAAGACUAUGCCGCAAUAAUCACGCUCGAACUAAAGCGGGAGAGCGAGGACGAAACAAGCAGCUUGAAAGAUCUACUCAUCUCAAUGGGAUGUGCCUUACAUACUGACGCGAAAGCAGUACCAACAAUACCUGGGAUCCUGUAA